UGUCUCUGGGAAGCCACCAACAUCUCCCGAGCAGCAAGGGUACGGAGCCCCGCCCGUGUCCGAGCCCCGCCUCCCUAGAGGGCGCGCCCUAUAAAGCCUCGGGGAACAGGGUCCCUACCCCAGGUCUCGGUUCGGUCAUACUCCAGGUUAGGCCAGGUCCUGUACCUCUGGGAGCAUCGCUUUCGAGAACCAUGGCCCAAGAGUUGUACCACCAGGAAUUUGCCCGGGCGGGCAAGCAGGAGGGUUUGCAGGUCUGGAGAAUCGAGAAGCUGGAGCUGGUGCCGGUGCCCCAGAGCGCUUACGGAGACUUCUACGUUGGGGAUGCCUACCUGGUGCUGCACACCGCCAAGGCGAGCCGAGGUUUCGCCUACCGCCUGCACUUCUGGCUUGGAAAGGAGUGCUCGCAGGAUGAGAGCACAGCAGCUGCCAUCUUCACUGUGCAGAUGGAUGACUAUUUGGGGGGCAAGCCAGUACAGAGCAGAGAAUUGCAAGGCUACGAGUCUACUGAUUUUGUUGGCUAUUUCAAAGGAGGUCUGAAGUAUAAGGCUGGAGGUGUGGCAUCUGGACUAAAUCAUGUUCUUACCAACGACCUGUCAGCGGAGAGGCUCCUGCACGUGAAGGGCCGGAGAGUGGUCAGGGCCACAGAAGUUCCCCUCAGCUGGAACAGUUUCAACAAGGGCGACUGCUUCAUCAUCGACCUGGGCUCAAAAAUUUACCAGUGGUGUGGUUCCUCAUGCAACAAAUAUGAGCGUCUGAAAGCAAGCCAGGUUGCCAUCGGCAUUCGAGAUAACGAAAGAAAAGGAAGGUCUCAACUCAUUGUGGUGGAAGAAGGAAGUGAACCAUUUGAGCUUAUGAAGGUUUUAGGGACAAAACCAGAGCUUCCGGAUGGAGACAAUGAUGACGACACCAUAGCAGAUAUAAGUAACAGGAGGAUGGCCAAGCUCUACAUGGUUUCAGAUGCAAGUGGAUCCAUGAGAGUGACUGUGGUGGCUGAAGAAAACCCCUUCUCCAUGGCAAUGCUGCUUUCUGAAGAAUGCUUUAUUUUAGACCAUGGUGCUGCAAAGCAGAUUUUCGUAUGGAAAGGUAAAGAUGCCAAUCCCCAGGAGAGGAAGGCUGCAAUGAAGACAGCUGAAGAAUUUCUAGAGCAAAUGAAUUAUUCCACCAAUACCCAAAUUCAGGUUCUUCCAGAAGGAGGUGAAACACCAAUCUUCAAACAGUUCUUUAAGGACUGGAAAGAUAAAGACCAGAGCAAUGGCUUUGGGAAAGUAUAUGUCACAGAGAGAGUGGCUCGGAUAAAACAAGUUCCAUUUGAUGCCUCAAAAUUGCACAGCUCUCCACAGAUGGCAGCCCAGCACAACAUGGUGGAUGAUGGUUCUGGCAAAGUAGAGAUUUGGCGUGUAGAAAACAAUGGUAGGGUCCAAAUUGACCCAAACGCCUAUGGUGAAUUCUAUGGUGGUGACUGCUACAUUAUCCUCUACACUUAUCACAGAGGACAGAUUAUCUACACGUGGCAAGGAGCAAAUGCCACAAGAGAUGAGCUGACGACAUCUGCGUUCCUGACGGUCCAGUUGGAUCGGUCUCUGGGAGGACAGGCUACGCAGGUCAGAGUCUCCCAAGGCAAAGAGCCUGCUCACCUGCUGAGUUUGUUCAAAGACAAGCCACUCAUUAUUUACAAGAAUGGAACAUCAAAGAAAGGAGGGCAGGCACCUGCCCCCCCUAUACGCCUCUUUCAAGUCCGGAGAAACCUGGCAUCUAUCACCAGAAUUGUGGAGGUUGAUGUUGAUGCAAAUUCAUUGAAUUCCAAUGAUGUUUUUGUCCUGAAACUUCGAAACAACAAUGGCUACAUCUGGAUUGGAAAAGGUGCUAGCCAGGAGGAGGAGAAAGGAGCAGAGUAUGUAGCAAAUGUCCUCAAGUGCAAAACUGCUAGGAUUCAAGAAGGCGGGGAACCAGAGGAAUUCUGGAAUUCCCUUGGAGGGAAAAAAGACUACCAGACUUCACCACUGCUGGAAACGCAGGCUGAAGACCAUCCACCUCGGCUUUAUGGCUGCUCCAACAAAACUGGAAGAUUCAUUAUUGAAGAAGUUCCAGGAGAGUUCACACAGGACGAUUUAGCGGAAGAUGAUGUCAUGUUGCUAGAUGCUUGGGAACAGAUAUUUAUUUGGGUUGGCAAAGAUGCCAAUGAAGUCGAGAAGUCAGAAUCGCUGAAGUCUGCCAAAAUGUAUCUUGAGACAGACCCUUCUGGAAGAGAUAAGAGGACACCAAUUGUCAUCAUAAAACAGGGCCAUGAGCCACCCACCUUCACAGGCUGGUUCCUGGGCUGGGAUUCUAGCAGAUGGUAACUAAUCUUCGUUAAAACAAACAAACAUAUGUUAGGGACACGUUGGGAUCAGUUGUUCCAUUGCUAUUUGGUGGUGUGGAGGGAGGGGAGCUUUUUUUGUUUAUUUGACUAUAGAAAAUUAACCUCAACCAAAUGGCUAAUUUUAAUGCCUAUUAUUGGCUUAAAAUUCUUUUUUUAAAGGAAUUUUCUUAUGUUAAUAUAUUGAAAUAACCUAAAGUAAACUUUUGUUAUGGUCCAA